CCGCGCCGCCCGUGGGCCAAGAUGGCGGCGGGGAGCAGCCCCGGGGCACGGGAGCUCUUUGCUGAGGGGCUCCUGCAAUUCCUGCGGCCCGCGGUGCGACAGCUCGACCGCCACGUCCACAGCGUCAGGGAGAGCCAGGUGGAGCUGCGGGAGCACAUCGACAGCCUGGCCACAGAGCUUUGCCGCAUCAAUGAGGACCAGAAAGUGGCUCUGGACCUCGACCCCUACGUGAAGAAGCUGCUGAACGCCCGGCGCCGUGUGGUGCUGGUCAACAACAUCCUGCAGAACGCCCAGGAGCGGCUGCGGAGGCUGAACCACAGCGUGGCCAAGGAGACGGUGCGGAGGAGGGCGAUGCUGGAGGCCGGGGGCUACCAGGGCAAGUGACCAAGUGGCCAGCCAUGGUGGCAGGCCAUCAGCCAAAGGAGCAGGAAUCCUGUUAAUCCCAGCUCGUGAAUUGAGGGGGGGAUGUCCCCCACCACCUGCAGCUGAGGGAACCGGGAUGCUCCGAUCCGUGGUCCCGGAUUUGUGGGUGCUGGAAUAAAAGUGACUGAGAGUC